AUGUCGCGCUGGCUGUCGACCUUCCUUCGACGCUUCUACUUCAUCUCCCGUGUCAUCAACUGGGAUUUUUCGCAGUCGUUCCACAUCAAGAUGUCCAUUGUUGCUCUAUUCUUUGCAAAAUUGCAUGCCCUCGGCCACCUUGCUAGAUCUUUCGUCUUCGGCAGCAUGGCGCAUCGACAGGACAGUGUUGCCGUCGUGCUUGGUGCUGAUGCGGUUCCGCGUUCCUACAUUGACUAUGUGAGGUCCUUGGCCGGAUGGACAAGUCUUACAGCUAUCAGCUGCUGUUGCCUGUUGACAGCUUUGAGUGUGCCGCGGGUACGGAAGUGGAGUUACGAAGUCUUCCAGAUGGGUCAUCUCCUCAUGUUCCUCAUCGUUGGCCUCAUGAUUGCGCACGUUCCUACACUGUUCGCCGUUUUCGAGCGCACUUGGCGAGUCGUUCUUGGUUUCCGCCCCAUCGAAGCUGAACUCGAAUUAUUGGACGAGGAGACAACAAUGAUUACUGUUAAUGUUCCCCACAAGAGGCCUUGGGACUACAAGGCUGGCCAAUAUGUUUUGGUUCAGGUGCCCCAGUUGCCUCGUUGGCAAUGGCACCCUUUCACUGUCUCAACCUGCGUCAACAACCGGAUGCAAGUGCACAUCAAAGCGGAUGGUGAUUGGACAAACGAACUGCGAGACAUUGCCAAGAAAAACUGGCAAGAAGCAGUCGAUCAAGCAUGGUCCUUGGCCGGUAUUGGUGUCACACCCUUCUCCGGUGUUCUGACUGAUCUUCGAUAUCAUGAACUCGAGCGUGUGGUGUCAGGCGAGAACUCUGCAGGGUCCGGUUACGAAAGUGGCAAGGGACCGUCACCUUACCAGGGCCACCCACGCGUUGACUUCCAUUGGAUGGUACGCGAUAAGAACAACUUGCUCUGGUUCUCCAAUCUUCUGAACGAAGUAUCUCGUGCCAACGAACUUGAUCGCUCACAUCUCGGUAUCCGCACCCGAACCUACGUCACACAAAAGCGAAAACAGAUCUCAGAACUCAAAGAAGAAGGAUGAGAUCAACGUUGGGGUCUUCUUCUGUGGACCUCCAGUCAUUGGCCAGCAAAUUACAGAUCAGUGCUCGUAGAUGAACGCCAAAGCCCAGAAUGAAGGCAGGAAGAUUGACUACCGGUUUAUGAUCGAGGUGUUCGGUUAGAGUUCAAUUUCCUCUAUACCCAUGUAACAAGUAGC